AUGCGGGAUGCCGCAGUCCAUAUGCAACAGCCGGAAGACACAGAGGCAGUGUCCGUACAGGGGAUUUUGGAUCCCGACGGUGGCAAUGAUGAUGUAUGGGUGUCACAGCGGCUGAGAGAGUUCAAUGUGGAUGCAGAUGAUCAGGAGGCGGUGAUUGAAUUUUUGGGACAGAAGGUUGAGGGGCAGGGCAUCGAGCACAACCAGCUGGUGGAGAUGUUUUGUUGGCUGCGAGGGAUAUAUCAGGAGGCAGAGAGGGGGAAGAUGGAGUCAGAGGUCAAACCCGUUGGACCCAAACCCGUUGGACGUCGAAGCCGUUGGACGUCAAACCCGUCCCAGGAGGGAAUUAACCCGUUGGGAGUUGAACACGCCGGACCCAACCCGUUGGACGUCAAACCCGUUGGACGUCAAACCCGUCCCAGGAGCGCAUUAACCCGUUGGAAGUCGAACACGCUAUCCAACAGGUGGGGGUGGAAUGGACGUCCAUUCCAUUCAGGGUUAGAAAACCGACCAAUCAGAGCAGGGCAGAUUGGACGCCGUAGUGGAUAUGAAAUACAACAUAUCCAAAUCAAAAGCGAUAAUUCCGCCGGGAAGGGGUUACAUUGUGGUGUCAAAGUCAAUGAGUUGAGUCGAACACGCUGGACCCUAAGCCGUUGGACGUCAAACCCGUCCAACCAGGAGUCAGAGAUGGAGAGCCAGCAGGGUGAAACCCACAUCAGAUUCAACAGCACAUGCAGUCCCAGAAUGGCCAGAAGUGUGAGCAAGAGCACAGACAACAACAUAAAUGAAAGCAUCACCAAGAAUGAGGCUUCAACUAUCCCCUCGUCCGUAGGUUUGUGCAAAAUUAGCGUGGUUUCAUUAGUGUAUAUUAUACGAGAUCUCAUUGAAUAA